AAUGUCACUUGGGUGAACGAUGAGUCACGUGUAUGCUUUAUAAUUUCGGUGUUGGUUUGGGUAUUCACGGCGUCUGUAGUGCCUUAAAUGGUAUGCUGGCUAGGCACUCUUCUGUAUCGUAACCAAAGCUCGGAAAGUAUUUACUCAAUUCGCUUGAUUUUAUUGCAAUCGUUUUAUGACCAUAUUACUGUGCUUGCUUCCACGACUGGUUAGUGGUAUUACAGGCUACUUGUGGUCCCUGCUGUAACCAUGUGCUUUUACAUUCCGUCUGCACCGAGAUUACAUUGCAUGGCUCUUAUUGUUCUGUUAUGUCUUUCCUGGAGCUCCGUUGUUUCGCGCCAUCACUGACAUUUCCUUUGAAGUUUUCUAGGAUUCUUGGCUUUCAUUCAAUAACCCUCUUGCGAAAAACGCGAUUCAUGCGAGCUAUGAAUAAUUUUGAAUGGGUGCUGAGGAGGAGUGUUGCAAGAGGUUGAAUGAAACGGGGCGAAUGGUAGCUCAGUCAUGUGGCGCCCCCGUGUCUCUCCUGAUGCAAUGCCAUGAAAUCAUGAAAUAUUCUGGCCGCUAGAUUUGGGCAGGAGAGUGGUAGAGGUUCUCUUGAUACCAUAGAGAAAAAUAAGCAGGAUAUCGCAUACCAUCUCUUUAAUGCACCUUGCCUGAAACACAUCUUAUCACCCAGACACAAGACACACACACCACACACCUCUUCCCGUGAGGUCAGUGUGAAGAUAGAAUUUCAUCAGGUGACAGGUGAAAGCACGCUAACCUACUAACCAUAUAUGCACAGGCAGCGGCAGACUGAGCAGAGCCCUUCAGUAAGCCAACCAUUACGCCUACAGCCAGAGACCACCCUACCCGUCCCAAAUGAGGCCAGUGUGCUGGGAUUCACAUCUAUCGCAGAGAUAAGCAGCCCUGUUGUAGGAACACACUCGAGCCCUAGAUUGUAUGUUUCAUUCAAGGCUCACCUUCCCCCAGCUACAGUACAGCCACGCAUGCAGCUCCUACAGUGGUCAUAUCGAUGUACCCACACAUGAUAACCAAACAGGCACACAGCUCCUACAGUGGUCAUAUUGAUGUACCCACACAUGAUAACCAAACAUGCACACAGCUCCUACAGUGGUUAUAUCGAUGUACCCACACAUGAUAACCAAACAUGCACACAGCUCCUACAGUGGUCAUAUCGAUGUACCCACACAUGAUAACCAAACAUGCACAGCUUCCACAGUGGUCAUAUCGAUCUACCCACACAUAGCAAGAAAACAUACCUUUGCAGUUUAGCCCAUGUGAAGAGAUGCCCUCCUCCACCCUGACCCCUCAAACCCGUGUCUAACUCCAGCUCUCUCUCGCCUUCCUUCCGCUGCAAGCAUGCGCUCUCAAGCAUCCGCUCUGUGAGUGGCUACUUAAUCAAUGCAGAAUAAUAAACUCGAAAAGGGGGCAGCGUUAUUCAUUCUCCCCGAGUGGACAGUUAAGAGGAUAUUGAUUACAAGGAACGCUUCCAAGCUCAGCAAAAUCCGCAAUGCCAAUGACAUGAUGAAAUGAACAUUUGGUUAAAGAGAAAAAAAAAAAACUGCCGGGUGGUAAACAUACUCUUGAAAACACACAAUGUGACGAUUUGACAGCAGGGCUGGAGCUGGAGACUGGGGACCCGAGCAGACAGACCUCUUGGCCCGCAGGCAGCCUGUUUGAGCUGCUCUCUGGCCCUGUUGACCUCCUGAAGAGUAAAGGGCCCUCUCCAUGGAUAUAGACACAGACUAUGAGCGGCCCAAUGUGGAGACGAUCAAAUGUGUGGUGGUGGGCGACAACGCGGUGGGCAAGACGCGGCUGAUCUGCGCGCGCGCCUGCAACGCCACCCUCACGCAGUACCAGCUGCUCGCCACCCACGUGCCAACCGUCUGGGCCAUCGACCAGUACCGUGUCUGCCAGGAGGUGCUGGAGAGGUCCAGGGAUGUGGUGGAUGAGGUCAGUGUAUCCCUUAGACUGUGGGACACCUUUGGAGACCACCACAAAGACAGACGCUUUGCCUAUGGCAGGUCGGAUGUGGUGGUGCUGUGCUUCUCGCUGGCCAACCCCAACUCUCUGCGCCACGUGCGCACCAUGUGGUACCCGGAGAUCAAGCACUUCUGCCCCCGCACCCCCAUCAUCCUGGUGGGCUGCCAGCUAGACCUGCGCUACGCCGACCUGGAUGCCGUCAACCGCGCCCGACGCCCCCUAGCAAAACCCAUCAAGCCCACAGACAUCCUGCCUCCGGAGCGCGGCCACGAGGUGGCCAAGGAGCUGGGCGUGCCCUACUACGAGACCAGCAUCGUGGCCCAGUUCGGCGUCAAGGACGUCUUCGACAACGCCAUCCGCGCCGCGCUCAUCUCCCGGCGCCACCUGCAGUUCUGGAAGUCGCACCUGAAGAAGGUGCAGCGGCCGCUCCUGCAGGCGCCCUUCCUGCCCCCUCGGCCGCCGCGGCCCAUCGUGGGCAUCCCCGACCCACCGCAGGCGGACGGCGAGGGGCCGGACACGCUCUUCACGCGGCCACUCUGCGCCGACGUGCUCUUCCUCCUGCAGGGCGGCGCCGUGCGCGUCUUUGCCCACAAGGUGUACCUUGCCACCUCCUGCUCCAAGUUCAACGACCUCUUCACCAUGAGCCUGUGCGGAGGAGGAGCAGCAGCAGGAGGAGGAGACAGUGUGGAGAGCGAGGGAGGAGAGGAGCAGAUGGAGGGAGGAGGAGGAGGAGGAGAAGGAGAGGAGGAAGAGCAAAGCAGACGUGGAGCCAAAGAGCAGGCCGGCCGCACCAAGAGCCUGGACAUUGAUAAGGACGGGGGGGUGGGCGAUGGGGGCGCGCGGGGCGCCUGGCGUCCACUCCUGCUCCAGCAGGGCUCGCUCAGGACUUCCCAGAGCGACAACGCGCUCCCCGCCCGGGGACAGGCUUCCACCUCGGGGGCCUUCGGGACCGGACGCGCUCUGAUGGGCUGGGGCAGGGGCUUCCUGGGCGUCUGUCUGGAGCACGUGGACGACCCGAUGACUGGACGGCCGCGACUCAUGACCGUCGUCUCCAUGGACAGCCUCAUUCAGGAGGGCCCCUUUCAGGCGGUGCUACAGUAUUUAUACACGGGCAACCUGGACGAGGGCCGGGGCGACCUGAUGCAGGUGGCCACCAUCGCCGAGCUGUUGGAGGUGUUCGACCUACGCAUGAUGGUGGCCAACGUGCUGAACCGCGAGAGCUUCAUGAACCAGGAGAUCACCAAGGCCUUCCACGUGCGGCGGGCCAACCGCAUUAAGGAGUGCCUCAACAAAGGCACUUUCGCUGAUGUGGUGUUUCGGCUGGACGACGGCUUCCUGCCGGCCCACAAGCCCCUGCUCAUCUCCAGCUGCGACUGGAUGGCGGCCAUGUUCCGCGGCUCCUUCAUGGAGAGCUACGUAGAGGAGGUGGCGAUCCCCAACACUAAUAUGGCGUGUAUGCGGGCCGUGCUGGAGUAUCUGUACUCCGGGCUGCUGAUCCCUAGUUCUGGCCUCGAGCCUCUGGAGCUGAUUGUCCUGUCCAACCGCCUGUGCCUCCCCCGCCUGGUGGCCCUCACAGAGCAGCAUGCUGUGGAUGACCUGCUGCACAUGGCUGUGAAGGGGGUUGACAUUGACGGACAGGUGCUCGCUUACCUGGAGAUGGCUCAGUUCCACAACGCUAAACAGCUAUCAGCAUGGUGCCUGCAUCACAUCUGCACCAACUACAACAGCGUGUGUCGCAAGUUCCCCAAAGACAUGAAGAACAUGUCGCCAGAUAACCAGAAGCACUUUGAGAAGCAGCGCUGGCCGCCUGUCUGGUUCCUGAAGGAGGAGGACCGCUACAAGCGCUCGCAGAAGGAGCGCGAGCGCGAGGAGGAGCUGCUGCGCAAGCAGAACACCAAGAGGGGCUGGUGCUUCUGGAAGCAUCCAGCACCCUCCACCUCACACAUCUCCUGAAGAACCAACCCCAAACCACCACCACCUUCCCUCCCUCGCUCCCUCUCUUUUCCUCCCCCCCCCCCUCCUCCUCCUCCUCCUCCCUCCUCCUCCCAUUCAACCCACAACCUGUAGGAGCAGCCUUGUCACCAGUGUGACCUCCGCCCACUGGUGUGGUGGGUCUGUGUGAUAUAGUCUGUAAGCUAGCGCUACACUGCGUGAGGCUGGCCAGUGUGUCAGGUCUGCCACGGGAGGAAUAUGCCUCGGAGGCAGCUCAGGGGGACGCCUUCAGCCAGCAGCAGCAGCAGCAUUCUCUGUGCUGCUCAGUCAGCAAGGGAGACCGACUGUGGCCACGAAGCGCGGCCGUCCCGUCAUAGCUCCUGUGUGUGUGUGUGUGUGUGUGUGUGUGUGUGUGUGUGUGUGUGUGUGUGUGUGUGUGUUUGUGGGUGUGCUAGAGACUGUGCAGGAGAGGCUAGAGACUAACCCAAAGCCCCCUAGGAAAAAACAAACAAACAGACAUCGGAAUAAGCUGCCUUUUCCUUUCAAAGAUUUCUCACCGAACAAAGCCACAUGUAGUGUGUGUGUGCGUACGUGUGUCCAUGCUACUGCGUGGCUGGUUGUCCGCUGUGGAAACCUUACCCUCCCCUUCCUCAACUCUGUGAUAUUCCCUACCCACAACCCCCCCACAAUUAGUCUCAGAGAUGCACUAUACUUGAGAUUCUGAAACACCAGGAAAGAAAGGAAAAUAAAACAAACAAACAAUCGUCCACGCCCUCAGCCAGAGUGCCUGGAGCACCAAAGAGAAUCGAAACCCAUCAUUAAUGAGACUUAACAACACGCUUUACCAAACUCACCUGGGACACUUAAAUGGCAAGGCUGGAGAUGAGGGCUAUUCAACCACUGCCACUGAAGUAUUAAAACUCCCUUCUGUGUCUCCCUCACUCGUUUCCUGCUCAUCAUAAGCUGAUCGUGGACGCCACCUGCUGGAUCACCCAUUUCCCCACAACACUAGGGGGCAGUAUCACCUCUAUUACACUGUGAAUAUUUUUUUUUUUGUGUGCAUGUGUUCGUUUGAGGAACUGAGACGACUUGAAACAGGGACCUAAGCACCUGUGUGACUGUCUUCUCCCAGUUAACAGUAUCUGUGUAACAUCUACACUAUUGACUUUACUUUUACUUAUUUUUUUUAUUAAGGAGAUCCAGUUAACCCAUUUCUGUACAGCCAGAAACCAAAAGAAAGAGGACGUACUUCUUUUCCCCCCAUUCAGCCCUUGUUUUCUUCUGUCAUCUCUUCCCACUGCCUUUUAUCCAUCAGAGAUGAAGGGAGAGGGCACAAGAAGUACUGUAUGGCUGGAUUCAAAAUCUGCCAUCUCCAUUUUCAUUCCUGGUCUCCCUGCUACUUAACUUCACAGAGAGCAAAACAAAACACCUACCUGGGUUAGCUUAGGCUGGCUAACUGGCUACUUAAUAAGCUGAGUAAUGUGUAACUAAGUAAUUGAUGCUUCCUCUCACCACUUGCUUGUUCUGCUGGUUUUGGGUGAAUUGUUGCUUUAAUGUGAUCUCACGUGAUUGAAAAGAAGGGCACUUUCUAGUUCAUUACACACUUUUAGCUAAACAGACCUAUUUUCCUUAAGUUCAUUUUAUGGAAAAAAAAAAAACUUAAGGAUUCCUCAUUUUGUUCCCCUAGGAAUGAAGGAUGAAAUGAUGGGUUGUGAUUCUCGGCAGUGAGUGCUUCAUAGUUGUGAGGUAGUAUAAAACGAACUUGACUCUCUGCAAGUGCUGCAAACUCCUUAACAUUAUUGUGCCAUUCAAAUCUCUUCUUGGCUUGGAGAGUGUUUUUUCCUAUCCCCAGUUUAAAUUUCAGCUGUGUGUUUGCUUUUUGGAGAGAAGAAAGAGAGAGAAAACUUUGUGGGUGUGUUCUCACUUUGUUUUGAUGUGUUUGCUCUUCUUGGUAAAAGAGUUUCCUGGUGA